CCUCCGGCCUGCGAGCGGCGGCGCGGCGGCGGCGGCAGCGGGAGGCGCGGGCCCGAGGUGCCGGCAGCAGCCAGGUUAUGCUAUGACUGGCUUCAGACUCCCCAUCACUACUUUUAGACAACUGAAUGUUUGGUUUGGACUGUGGGAGAAAUUCCCCUCCAAAAAACUGUAUCCCUCUUGGAGGAGAAGCAUAUUCUGUAACUGUCAAGCAAGCACAGUAAACUACAGAAGAUGUUUCAGCUUUUCCUUGGUAAAACUCUGUGCACUAAGACUUUCUCCAGAGUAUAUCUCAGUGCUUUCUCUGCGGAACAAAAGUAACAAAAGCUCUAAAAGGAACAGACAGACUGUACAAGAAGAAGAGGAAGAAGAGGAUGAGGAGGAAAAUGAUUGGGAAAGUGAAUUUGACGAUGACCCCAACGUAGUAAAAGAUUACAAGGAUCUUGAAAAAGUGGUGCCAUCUCUCCGAUAUGACGUGAUCAUGAAAGCUGGGCUAGACACUGCAAGAAAUAAAGUAGAAGAUGCAUUCUACAAUAAUGAACUCAGGCUGAAUGGAGAAAAACUGUGGAAGAAAAGUAGAACUGUGAAAGUUGGUGACACAUUGGAUCUCAUAGUGGGUGAAGAUAAAGAAACAGGAACUGCUGUAGUUAUGCGAGUAGUCUUAAAAAAAGCGUCUGACAAAACUGAAAGUGAAAAAUACAAAGUCAUUUUGAGACGCUGGAAAAGCUUAAAAGUACCCAAACAGGAUGUUUUUAAGUAACAGGAGGUUGCAUGUGGCAGCGUAAGAUUUUUGCAGAAUAUCGUAUUUGUUGUUAAAUAUGAAUUUUGGUUAAACAAAAUUACAGUACCCUUUUUUAAGGGUUUGUGUCUGAAAGUUACCUGCUGCAGUCUACAUCAACGCUCAUGCAAGAAGCCUGUCUCUUUUUGCUGUUAGUUUUGUUCCAUGGUACUGUGGGAUGAAGGAUCCAAGCCUUACAUUUCCAUGCAGUUUUCUUACCAACGUUACAAAGAAUGAACCAAUAAAGACUAAUUUGA